AUGGGAACAGAGAAAAUGGAAAUGGAAGACACAGACUCCACUCUCAUGGAGAAGGGCAAGAAGCCGCCUAUGUCCAAACCUCCCAACAGGUAUGAGACGGUGUUCCAGCCCUGCCUGGCUGAGAUAGUGGGGACCAUGUUCUUCGUUUUCAUCGGCUGUGUGUCUGUCAUCGAGAACGUGCCGUCGGCUGGACGGCUGCAGCCGGCUCUGGUGCAUGGACUGGCUGUGGCAGUGAUGGUGGCUGUCAUGGACAACAUCAGUGGCUCCCAUUUCAACCCUCCCUUCACUAUUGCCAUCUAUCUGUGUGGAGGCAUGGAGCUGGUGAUGGUGUUACCAUAUCUUGUCAGCCAGCUGAUUGGGGGAGUGCUUGGAGCUGGAAUGUCCAAGAUCAUGACCCCUGCAGAGCGCUACAGGAAUGCCACAGGAGCAGCGUUUGAUAUCCUCAAGUCAGAGAGCCAGCUGCCCGGGGCCAUCUUUGGGGAGGUGGCCAUGACCUGCCUGGUCACCAUGGUGGUUCUGCUGGUGGCAGUAAAUGGCAAGACAAAAACUCCACUGGCUCCUUUCCUGGUGGGCUGCACGGUCAUCAUCAACAUCCUGGCAGGAGGUGAUGUAUCAGGAACGUGUCUGAACCCUGCCAGGGCUUUUGGCCCAGCUGUGAUGGCCAACUACUGGACCUACCACUGGGUCUACUGGGUCGGGCCCAUAGGAGGAGGUCUGGUGGCAGCUGCUUUGCUCAGGCUCAUUCUGGGUGAUCAUAAGUUACGACUCGUUAUGAAAUCAUAA